CGACCAGCGACGAUGUGCGUACCAAGGAUAUGCACCCUGAGGACACCGGUGGAUUAUCUGAUUGGGCUGGCAUACAAUCGUACGUAGCGGACAACGAUGUUGAGCGGAUAAAGGGGUAUUCCGAGGAUGUCGAUAACCUUCUUCUGUUUGCUGCUCUUUUCUCAGCUAUCCUUACCGCCUUCGUUGUCGAUACAUACCAACAGCUGCUGCCGUCCGGCGAAGAGGCAACAAAUCAGUUCCUUGCGACGAACAACGAGCUCCUCGUAGCGACUCACAGGCUGCUCAUACAAGGUUUUUCUGCUGUCUUCACACAGACCUCUUUCGUUCCUUCCACUCCACUAGUCCUUGAGAGCAAACCGCAGUUUGCAUCGGACCCCGCCGCGCGAUGGAUCAACUCCCUCUUUUUCGUCAGUCUUAUACUCAGUCUGGCUGCUGCGCUUUUCGGCAUCCUCAUCAAGCAGUGGCUGCGCCAUUACAUGACUUGGAACUCCCCGCUUUCCCCUCCGCGCGAAAACGUGCUCGUGCGCCAGUUCCGCCUCGAGGCAUGGGAACUAUGGGACGUCACCAUCGUCGUGUCCAUGGCGCUCGCGCUGCUAGAAGUCGCAAUGACACUAUUCCUCGUCGGCAUCAUCAUUCUUCUCUGGACGUUAGACAGCAUCGUCGCCAUCUGCGUCACCGUAGCCAGCUCCGUUUUCCUUCUUGCGCAGGCGGUAGUCACUGUCCUUCCAGUCGUCUUUCGGCGGUGUCCAUACAGAACGCCUGCGGCGUGGACACUGGUGCUCAUCUACAACUUCGCCACCCGCAGCGCCUCGUAUUUCUUCCGGCGGAUGCAUGAACGUUGGUCACUGGUCCGUUCCCGAUGGAACUAUCUCCGAGCGAGUAACCCCCCGGGAACUGGCACGGCAGAACACUCAUCGCACCGCGACUCAGGCAUAUCUCAGGGAAAUACCGCAGAAGAAGGCUCCUUGCAUCGUGUCCCGGUCGUUUCUCAGGGACAAGGCGGAGCAGGGAAUUCGCUACAUCGUUCCUCGGGCGCAUCCUCAGAGAAGGCGGUGGCGGUGAGUUCGGGGAAUUCUGCAGCAGAGGAUCACUCGUCUCCCGCCUCGAGCGCGUCUUCGGGAAAUACCGGACGAAACGAUCCACUCUCUUGCAUCUAUCGACUAUUUUCGACUCACUGGGAGCAUUGCGAGAAGAAAGAGUGCAGACCGCUUACCCCUACUAGCCCGCUCUUAUUCGGCAUGUCUUGGAGGACUCUCGACCUCCAGAGCUGCCGAGCGGUUCAUCGCGCGCAACGUCCAGACUUUGUGGAGCAGGUGCUGGCUACAACGAUACGCAUCGCGGAGCGCAUCAUCCGCGAAUUCGCGCCGCUACCCAAGGACCUCAGCGACUACAGGGAUAUGACGGCACUGUUAUCGGACGCGGUCUCAAAGUCCCACGUUUCCUAUGAUUCCUUUCUUGAGGAGCUUAGUGAGAUGAGCUUCCUGAUAGGAGCGCUAUUCUGGGUGAAGCAGUCAGCACAGGACCCCCACGUCACCCGGUACAUCGAACAGUGCAGUCGGAUGGAACUUCGAUAUCACCAGGACACCCUAAAGUGGUUCCUCAAGGCGUUUUCUCCAAGAGGACCGUUCUCCCAAGAUGCUAGCGACACUGUGAAGAAGCUACGACUAUUCCUUCUCCAGUUUGUCCUCUGCGGCAUCGGAUACCCUGUCACCUCUGGGAUGCAGUUUGUCGCAUACCGAGAUGUGGUGCAGACAUACAGGAUUGGAUUCUCGGCGCUAGAUAGGCGUCUCGUCAUCUCUGAAGGGAGGACACGGGACGAAGACUUCGAGUCGCUCCUAUUACAUUACUUCGAGGCCCACUUUGAGCACGCGAACGAAGACCGUCUCAGGAUGUUCAUACUCACCGCGACAAAGUGGCUUGCGGGACACCGAAUAUCCAGCGUAUCUCGCGAUGUAAUGGACGGUAUACUGCGGAAGAUGGUCAGAGCGGCCGAGGCACUCGCCAAGGGACCCAAGCAGGACACGGGGGCGUCAGCGCAGUUCCCGUACCUGCAGUGGAUAUGGGGGCUGGCCGCGGAGAAGGAGCUGCUCGCGAGCGAACACGGCGCGCAGUACCGGCUCCUGCUACAUGCGCUCGAGGAGGCGUACGUCACACACAUGUUCAGCUUCGACGGGCGGCACAUCAGGCGUAGCCUCCACGUCCAGCUGCGAGCCGCCCACCAGUCUCUCGCCGGCAGCGAGUGCGAAACCUCGCAUUGCGAAUGGGCGACGCACGAUAAGUGUAUGGGCAAGCCGCGGAACCAUUACCAUGGCUGUCCGCUGCUCGAACAGCGAGAGCUGGGGACUGCGCAAUGGAGGCGCGCGAGGCUGGUCGUGUUCACGGUACUCCAGUUGCGUCGCAUCUCCUUCCACGCACACCCGCGCUGGAGACGCGCGGUGUUGACGGUGCGCAUCCUCAUCCACCUACAACGUCGAGCAGCCUCUCGAGGAUCUGCGGCAGGAGGCUCGCCUAACCCCGACCAUAGCACGACGAAGAGCUAUCGCCUGUGCUUCCGGUCUUGUAUCCCUCGAGACCAGAAUCCCGUAUGAGGCUUAAGAGUGGUUGUGCGUGGUACGCGCCUUCCACUGUACGCACCCUGAUCUUGUGGGAUGCUGAGCUAUCUCUAUUUCUUCAGUAUUUAUAUUCGAUGUGCUUUCGCCAUAAUGAUUUUGUAGCGGUCUCCGUGGUGUGAUUUGGGCGAUAGCCAGAGGCGACCCUGGGGAGGUCGUGGCCUCAGUGUUCUCAUGUACGCUACUGCAUACAGUAGUUAGGUUAGAGAGGUUUAUUUAAC